GGGUAGAAAGCCUUCACAUAUAUAGGUAGGGUAUUGCGUGACUAGCGAGGCUCCUCACAAGUCUCUCAGCCUUGCUCUGUCGCGGGAAUUUGGAUCGACUUUCGUCAUCAUGGGCCAACCACAGGACACCCCUGACCCGGGAUCAUCUCGCGCCAUCUUCAAGCGCUUUUGCGACGUCGAAGCCACACCAAUCUCAGAGGCCAUUACCAGCGACACAGCGGUCCAUCCCGUACCACCGACACCCGUCGCCCGGCUUACCCAACCAGACGCCGCGCCGACCCCCUUUCCAACCCGGCCGGUCCGGCACCGCGGCGCCCACCAUGAGGCCGCCGAGACGGUGCUCUACCUGGCCUACGGGUCCAACCUCUGCGCCAAGACGUUCCAGGGCCAGCGCGGCAUCCGCCCGCUGAGCAAGGUCAACGUGUCGGCGCCGUCGCUGCGCCUGACCUUUGACCUGCCGGGCAUUCCCUACAUGGAGCCCUGCUUCGCCAACACGGCGCCCCGCGCCCUUCCCAAGCCCCCGCCCGGCGUCCCCGACCUCCCCGAUCUGCCCGACCUACCCACGCCUCCCAUCUCCGACGCCGACACCGACACCGACACCGACAAGACACCAUCAACGGUAACGACAUACGAAGAAGACGGAGAAGGAGACAUCGAGCGCAACGACCGCGGCGACCCCGUGUGGACCAAGGGCCUAAUCGGCGUCGUAUACGAAGUCACCCGCGCCGACUACGCCCGCAUCCUAGCCACCGAAGGCGGCGGGUCUAGCUACCACGACAUCCUAGUCCCAUGCCUACCGCUGGGCCCGACGGACUCGCCCAUGCCCUUCCUGGCGCACACGCUCUGCGCGCCUCGGCUGCCGCUGCCGGGCGACGACAACGACGAGAAGGAAGAGGACGAGGCCGAGUCCCCCCAGACGCCGCGGUACCUCCCGGGCUGGCUGCGCAAGCUGUUCCUGCCGCUCCGGCGCCCCGCCCCGGACCACGCGCAGCCGUCGGCGCGGUACCUGGGCCUGAUACGCGACGGGGCGCGCGAGCACGACCUGCCCGGCGAGUACCGCGCGUACCUGGCCGCGCUGCAGCCGUACCGGAUGACGUCUGUGCGGCAGCGCGUCGGCCUGGUGGUGUUUGGGCUCGCUUGGGCGCCGCCGUUCGUCGUGCUAUUUGGGGGGAGUCGCCUGGUUGCGGACGAUAAGGGGAAGAUCCCUGCGUGGUAUGGGAUGGUGCUGGCGGUGCUGUUUAAUUUGGUGUGGAUAAGCUAUGAUCGCGUGUUCAGGCAUGUUUUUGGGGACGGGGAGAGGACGGUGGAGGGGGGUAAGGGUGGUAGGAGUCCGUGGUGGAGGCGGGGUGGGGAGGUUAGGCUUGUCGAUGAUGAGGAGAACCUCAAGUGAGGAGAGACGCUGUUUUGGGGGAGCGAGGUCUACAUUUGACUGCAAUUUCCGCGGCCGUAUCCGUAUAUAUAUGGAUGGCUAUACCAUGUACGCAUAUCCGGGCAGGAACCCAAGUCGAGGGAAUAGGGGUACUGGAGUCUGGCAAAGGCAUCAAUUGUAUUGCGCCGUGUAUCAUCCUCUCUAUCCCAUCUCCCGCGUCCCUUG